CUGCGAGUAGUGCACUUUAAUCUAGGUCGUUGUAAAAAUUAAGUGAAGGAAAGAAGUUCGGCAUUACAGAGGAGCAUUUAGUGAAAUUGACGUUUCAGAUUUUGGCGACCGUUCAUGUUAGCCGAGCAGUUGUUUGCUUCCUUGACCUGAGUAAGGCAUAUGUCGGCAGGUUACCGUAAUAUUGUUAAUAAACACAGAGCAAGAUGUGUAUUGAAGCUGUCUACUGUUAAGCAACCACAAACUGAUAAAAAUAUAAUAUAUUUAUGCUUGUAUUCCCAAACAAUUCUUAUUAUAGAGUAACGAGUAGAAAGGCGGGGGAGACUGUUGCUAUAGUGUCAGUCUGCACAGUCAAUUUCCAAUUGGAACAACAAGAAACAAGGUGCGAUUGUAUGCAGGACAGGAAACCGAGCUGAUUUCACAAGCAGGAGAAUGAGAUACUGAUGGUGUUAUUGACAUGAAAUAUAGUCGGACAAAUGUUCGAUUAAUGUCGCACAGGCACCUGUUAGGCUCAAUACUGCAGAAUUACGAAUGAUGGCCUUCAGGCAACAACAGCAAAUUGAUACGCAACAUCAACUGUUAGCUGCUAAAGAACAACGUUUGCGAUUUCUCAAAUCCCAAGAGGCAUGUGAAACCAUUGCAGUUGCUGAAGGAGAACGCUUACGUAGACUCAGAGAACGAGUUGAAGCGCAAGAAUCGAAACUACGCAGACUAAGAGCGCUCCGAGGACAGGUGGAUCUACAGAAAACGUACAAUAUUACAUUAGGUAAUGAUUUAGAUACGAUUAGAGCAUUGUUUAGUGAAAAAGAAAAGGAGCUAACACUUGCUGUUGCCAAAGUAGAGGCACUUACGAGACAACUAGAGGAAAUUAGACGCGAUCGAAGGGGAUCUUUGAAUUUAUUCGCCGGAUUGCCGAACCAUUCACAGCUCAACAGCUCUGCAGCAGCCGUCGAACUAGAAAAACUAAAACAAGAGCUCAUGUACCGCAAUCAACUUUCUGUACAACAAGACGCGCGGCUUCAAUUACAACGCGAAGCAUUGCAAAAACGACAAGCAGAACUUCAGUCAGUAGAUGAACGUAUUUUGGAAUUACAAGGGCGACUUAAUAAGAAGAAAAUAUCUAAUAUGGCACAACAACAAAGUAUAUCUUCUCAAGGAUCCCAAAAAUAUAUUUGUUCCGAUCAUGUGAGAUCAACGUCGUCGAAUUUCUAUCCCCAACGGGUCCCCCGAAGCAAUAUAGUAGCUGUUGAGCCGUUCAAUCACAUACCACAGAAAAAUGUUUCAUUAUGCAGAAAUGGAAGCAAGACAAAUAUAUUAAGCAAUACAAAUGACACAAAUAGCAAUAACGUAACGCAAACCCAAAUAUCACAGGAUAUGCCCAAUAUAAAAUUUCAAAAGUUAUGCAGUACAACCACCGCCGAUCCAAAUUUAUUCGUGGAGAGUGAUGAGAACAAAUUAGCGGCCAAACAAAAACGACAAGAAUGUAUGCUGAACAGUAGCAUUGAUUAUGAUUACGAUGCAUCUUUCACAGCUAAGCAAUCACAAAUUCCAAAAAGUCAUAACAUACUCAAUGAAUCGGAGGGCAUUCCUAGCGACGAUCUUGUUUUGGAUAACAAAUACUACUUUAACCGUGACUACAAUAUAAACAAUGUUGGUAAUUCAAACGAAAACAAUAAUGAUUUAUUGGAUAAAAAUACAAACGAAUGCGAUAGCGACAAAGUUUCCGAUUCAAGCGGAAUCGCAUCUCGCACACAACAUACUGUAACAGUUCACAGUACUCCAAUGAUAUUUUCGAACAAGUCUGUAGCUGUUCCAGUUGUAUUAUCCAAUACAAUCGGGCCUAGGUCGGUAAAUAAUAAUUGUAGGGGGUUUGCACAUAAUUUAUUGCACAAUAUUCCAUCUGGAAAUUUAGUAGUGCCACCACGAAAUCCGAAUAAUAAUGUGGGUGUGGCGAAAUAUGCAUUGUCUGAUAUUAAAGUUAACAAAGUCAUGCCACAAGCACAGAAAUCAACAUACAUGACUUCGUCGACAGAAACGACAGAAAAAAUGAAACCAGCGUUACCACCUAAACCUAGCAAAAGUAAUUCUCUUCAAUCCGGAUUAGAGACAACUUAUCAUUGCAUGGCGGAUAGUGUUAACAACAUUGAACAAUCCUCAGGAGCAUUGAACAACAAUAAUAAAUCUGGAAAUAUCAAUCUUUUGGAGAAUUUACCGAUAAAAGCUAAACCUUUAACAAUUAAAAAAUCCCCUCAUUGCGAACAACCUAAAUUAAGACAUUCGUCCUGCAAUGUGAAUUCUUAUAAAGCUCAAUUACAAUGCAUCAAUCGCGUAACAGAUAUUCAAGCAAUGGGGAAUGCAGAUGAUACUGAGACAGUCCAUAUUCAACGAGAAAAGGGUGAAAACGUUGAAAUGCAACUUGAAAAUCCAUGCGCGAGUACAAAGCACAUAUCCAACGGAAAUACAAGUGAUUGUAGUGUCUGCGAUGAUCGUUCAGAUCAAUCGUACGACAAACGCAUUGAAGAGAUCACACGACGCAAGCGUAACUUCGCUUCCACCGUAUUAACAGAUGGCAAAAUCAAGUUAGCUCGUCGUGUUAGUUUCGAUCCAUUAGCAUUACUGUUAGAUGCCAGUCUGGAAGGAGAAUUGGAACUAGUACAGAAAACAGCAUUACAGGUGAGUUGCAUAAAUUUAUUCAUUCUAAAAUCCGUCUCGUGACAUGUCACGUGUUUUUGGUCGAAUUGGCCACAUUCCGGGGAACUUCGAGAACCGCGAAGGAGGAGAACUUUCGACCCAUUCGAAAACCCGGCUUGCGACAUGUCAAACUUCAUGAUUUUGUAAAACAAGUACACUGUAGAGGGCAUUUUGAAGGUUUUUUGGUCGAAUUGGCCGCAUUCUGGAGCACUCCGGGAACCGAGUUCUACCGGGAAUAAGGACAAUUUUCGACCCAUUCUAAAACCCGUCUUGCGACACGUCAAACGUCAGGAUUUUGUAAUACAUGUACAUUGCUGGACAUUUAGAAGAUUUUUUCUCUAAUUGGCUACAUUCCGUGGUAUUCCGGGAACCUUGUUCUACCAGGAUAGAGGACAAUUUUCCACCCAUUCUAAAACCCGUCUUGCGAAAUAUCAAAACUCAUGAUUUUGUAAAACAAGUUCACUGGAGGACAUUUUGAAGGUUUUUUGCUCAAAUUGGCCACAUCCCGGGAUAUUCCGAGAACCUGGUUCUAUCAUGAAGGAAAAACAAAACUAUUUAUAAUAUUAUAUAUCUAUUAUCACUAGCACAUACAGUGUAUUAGAUUUUGGCCACUUUCGUCAAGCAUUUUGAAAUAAUCUGAAAUAGCUAGCGAAUAAUUAGCUGAAGUAGCUAAUGUUGAAUAAAGUAUGGUUUUUUUGUUUUAGUGUUUCGGAUUCUCCUCGUCAGUAACUAGCACCAUCUGGGUGUCCAGUUAGACUAUGUAUCUGAACUAGUACCCAAAUUAGCACUAGUUAGACACUAAAUUCCAAAAAGUCACACGUCUUGCGUGAACACUAAACCACUGGCUUGUUCCGAGUGAUGUCUCGAUAGUAAGCACAGAGGUUCUGUUUGCCGACGAGAAAUAUGAACCGAAACUGUCUUUUGGUAUAAGUACCAAACGCCUGGAAUUAUGCAAAAUUCCCAAGUGGGACAAAUUUUGGACAAGACCAAUUUCUUUGUGCAUGAGGGCACAUGCAUGAGCAUGAGCAUGAUAAUCGCACAAUUCGUAGUUGCUACUCCGCGAUUGACCAGAACAAGCGAAAUUGCACAAAGAAUCAACGAAUGGGACCUGGGAGUAACUACCCAUUCUCAAUGUGCACGUUUCGAGAGUUCCAUACUUUGAAAUGCCAAUAACGGCGCCGGCCACGUCCUUGCAGUCAUCGGGGAAGGAAAGGAAUGUUAGUGUAACAAACGUUGUUUUGGAGACCGUGUAUACCUCUGCAUCCCCUCGUUUGCCACGGGAAGGAGUUUUUGUUAGUAGGAUGGGGUAAAGAGUUACACAAAUCUGGAUUCACCUUGAUAAGUGAUACGCUCUAUGCAACUCUCAGAUGUGUUAUCAUGUGUUUAUUGAUCAGGGCAGCCGGCUACCGUGAAUAUAUAAUAGAUUUAUCGUUUGUUGAAUUAAUUUUGAAAUGUUCGGUUUGUAAAAAAAUGCAUCUUUAACUCCGGAUAGCCGGCCGUCGGGAGUGUUGCUCGUUUUUAAUUGAAUCAAACGGCAUAUGUACAAUAUUGUUAUUCCUUGUUCCUCUAUUUCGACGAUACAUCCCAAAAACAAUUAAUAUAAUGAUAAGCGGUUAUCUUUACUGUUUUGAUAUAUUUGUCGAGAUUGAUAUUCAAGUAUUUCGUAAUAGCAAUAUUAUUUAUCGAAUAUGAACUUUGAUGUAAUUACAAGGAACUUUUAUGUUAUCAUUAUUCGCGCGCGUUGUUAUGCUAACUGAAAUACAUUUUAAAUGACAUACAACAAUCAUUACCUUAGUAUCCGAAGUAACCUUAUGUAUUGAACAUACAACCGAUGACACGCACGUGUGUAUUUAUGCUAAUUAAUAGCGCAAGAUUUGAAACAAAAGAACAAAAAGAAACUAAAUUACUGUUUUAAAACACAGAUGUACUAUGGAUAGAAAAUGCAGAAUAUGCAAGAAAAAAAUAAGGGACUGCCAGUUUUAUCCCCUUUUACGACAGCAAUCAAGCUAUAAUAUUAUUACGCUUAUGAUGAAAUAUCGCGAACAUGGCAAUCAGCAAUACAGUACAUGUAAUACUCAAAAUUAUAUGAAAGCACUCUGCACAAUACAAUGAACAUCACUGAAUUCACCAAAACCAAUAAAAUUACAUGAAAAUAAUCAUCCAUUCCUCAUGUUGACAUGACCGCCGCCAAUUGGUAACUGGUUUCAGAUCGCUCUCGUGAAAUGUCAACUCUCAACAAUCACAUCAAAUGCGCUGUGGAUCAAUUCCCUAGCUGGCCAAACAAGCAAACAAAAGCUCGAUCUGCAUAACCCAACGGUUGUGCCUCUUCAAAACGCCAUCAAACCAACGAACAUUCAAAACCUCAUAUGACAAAACAUGUGCACUCAAGAAAACAACAGAAUGAAAACAACACCCUACUUGCAAUAAAAUAAAGAAAAAAAUUGCACACCAAAGCGGCCGACUCACAAAGACAGCACUGCAGCAGGAAUGCCACAUUGGAAUCUGUGAAAUGUCAAAAAAUCUUUUUACCAUCUGUGUUGACUAAAGCCGAAUUUUUUUUUUCUUAAAAUCUGUGUUCAAUUUCAAAAAAAAAAAUCUCCAAAAAUCUGUGGAAAUCUGUGAAGUUUCAAACAAAAUGCCAAAAAUCUGUCAUCUGUGGAAAAGAAACUGUGAUCAAAAAUUUUGAAAAAAUUCUGUGACAUUACAGAAAAAUCUGUCAAUAUGGUAACCCCGUUGAAAAUGGAUCACCCUCUACCACCAUCGACAUGUAUUUUUCACUCCGUUGAACAUGGUAUUCCUUCUGAGGCCAUACCCCUGAACCCCAUCAAACCGAAUGACCCUUAAUCACUAAAAACUCGGAAACCACUCGAUGCAUAAAAAUACCAAAUAACAAAAGUUGUGCUCUCGCACAAUCCCACCAGUAAAAGUUCCGUUACAUAUUCUACCUGUUAUUCAACUCAUGCACACCACAACCGCUAGAAACAAUUCAACUUCUCCCAAAGCCGGACCAAAAAUACUUCCUUACUUAUAAACAUUUAUAAUCACAUUGGGAAGAUCACGCAAAAAUUCACAAAGCUCUCUGCGACAUUUCUCCGUUACAACAAGCAUAUUAUUAGGCAUAUCAUCUCACAAAGCACCACGAAAUCCACUCCAAAAAUCUCACGCAAUCCACCCAACAGAAAAAAAAGAUGAAUUAGAAUGAAAAUAAAUCCAACCCAGCCACAACAACUGCAGAAUACAUAAGCUGAACACAAAAAAACAAAGAUAUGCCAAAACAAAUUCUCGACCAGCAUACGAAAAUACAACGUCAUCUAAAAAGUCCUUCCAUGUAUUGAACAGUAUCUGAGCCACCCGUGACAGAAAAUUACGCAAUCCCACAAACAUCAAAAGUUCAGAAAAUCCUAACUCAGAAAAGACAUUACGCUCAGCCAAAUAAAAACGCAUUUCCUUCGCUAAAUGAAGCAAAAAUUCCUUUAAGAAAACAAAAAUGUGGCUGCAAAUCUGCCGCGAAACGACACCUAAACUAUACAUAGAUAUGAAUUAUCCCUACUAGAGUUAGUACCAGUAAAAUCCUAUGCUUAUAACGGUAUAGACUAAUUCACGUACAGCUGUAUCAAUGCGAGACUGAGGAUAAAUCGGAUGGAUUCUUUUUACAUAUGGGGCCAAAUCUGGUGGAUAAUCUCAUGCACACACUCUCAUUUCGUACAGAUGCAUGUCCACACACACCGCAUUUGUGCAGGAAUUUCAUACGUCAAAUGAAGCAGCGUCUUUGUAAUGGACUAAUAACCCUACCAUGAACCUUGCAGCCUUUCCGCUUAAUCAUCGAAUUAAGAUCACGUAUCGAAUCACUGCUUGGUCGUCACUUAUCCAAUAAAAACAUAUCACAUCUACACAAUAUACUCUUAUAAAAUACCAUUGUUAUCUGACAUCCAUGAGCCGAACACUGAUGCAGAGCGUACAAACAUAUCUCUAUAAUAUGAUAUAGUAAUGUGAACGUACAAUAAAAUCUUCCGAUGCAACAAAAAACUUACCCACAUCCACUACACUAAAAGAAUAAGAGAUUAUGUUCCAACAUUAUUGCUUUUGGGUACAUAAAUCGCUAUUAGUAUAUUAACGAGAUCGUCUAUCCUACUAAUACGAAGCGUGGAAGGCACAGCCUGAGUGAGACAGACAAUUCUAAUGAUUACCACAGAACGAUAAGCACCUUCGACAGGUGCAAUAUAAGAAAACUUUACCCCCUCCCCACACACACACACACACACAUACAUCAUCAAGGUUUCCUUAACAUCAAAAGUUUGUAUAUCUACGCACUGUGAACAUUAUCGAAGGAGUAUUUAAAUUAAAAUAAAGAGAAAUAAUAUUGUAGAUACUUCCUUUAGUCUUCCAAACGGUAACGGAUUCAUCGUUAAAUUGAUGUAUAUAUAUGUAUAUAUAAAGACAAGACAAAGACAAGACAAAGACAAGACAAAGACAAGACAAAGACAAGACAAAGACAAGACAAAGACAAGACAAAGACAAGACAAAGACAAGACAAAGACAAGACAAAGACAAGACAAAGACAAGACAAAUACAAGACAAAGACAAGACAAAGACAAGACAAAGACAA